AGCCACCAAUCCUCACUUUGUUAAAAUGGCGACCAGUUCUGAACGCACACCUCCGCCUUUUCCUGAAACAGAGGACAUGGAUGUAGACACAGAAAUAGAAGACUUGGAGAGCAACGAAAGCGAAUAUACUCUGGAGGAUGGAAUUGGGCCGGAGACGGACGCCAACAAUGUUCCAGAUGACAUAUUUUCUGGAUCGCCAACUGGCAAUGUCAGUAAUCCUAUAAUGGAUUCGGUAAUCAAGUCAGACACUGAUGCCAUCAACGAACUGGAUGAACAACCUUUUGACACGGCACCAAAGGAAGAACCAAACGAGGCACCUGAUAACAACAGUUUCUGGACACCGCUCGGUACAGAUGUGAGCAAACCAGAAGACGGUGGCAAAAAUCCCCUCAUGGACCCCGGGGAAUCUGACAUGUGUACUCCUGAUCAGUCAUCUGCUGAGGAUUUCCUCUCCGAGUCCGUCGCCAAGCCAUUGGCUGAAUGGGAACUCGAGACAGACAGUGACCCAACUAACGAAUUAACUCGAGAGGCCGAGAACGACCUAAUUGGUGAACCUGUUAGUGACUGCGAAGACAUACCAGUGGUAGAUAUCUCCCAUGAGUCGGUGAGUGUUGUUAGUGAACCUUUGUUCAAGGAACCACUUUCAGAAGUCACAGAACCGCCUGUUUGUGACGACGACGUUUCAGAGUUGUUGAGUGAACCUGUGAGUGUUGUUAGUGAACCUUUGUUCAAGGAACCGCUUUCAGAUGUCACAGAACCGCCUGUUUGUGACGACGACUUUUCAGAGUUGUUGAGUGAACCUGUUAGUGACUGCGAAGACAUACCAGUGGUAGAUGUCAUCUCCCAUGAGUCAGUGAGUGUUGUUAGUGAACCUUUGUUCAAGGAACCACUUUCAGAUGUCACAGAACCGCCUGUUUGUGACGACUUUUCAGAGUUGUUGAGUGAACCUGUGAGUGUUGUUAGUGAACCUUUGUUCAAGGAACCACUUUCAGAUGUCACAGAACCGCCUGUUUGUGACGACGACUUUUCAGAGUUGUUGAGUGAACCUGCUAGUGACUGCAAAGACAUACCAGUGGUAGAUGUCAUCCAUGAGUCAGUGAGUGUUGAUUCCGUAAUCAAGUCAGACACUGAUGCUAUCAACGAACUGGAUGAACAACCUAUUGACACGGCACCAAAGGAAGAACCAAACAAGGCACCUGAUAACAACAGUUUCUGGACGCCGCUCAGUACAGAUGUCACAGAACCGCCUGUUUGUGACGACUUUUCAGAGUUGUUGAGUGAACCUGUGAGUGUUGUUAGUGAACCUUUGUUCAAGGAACCACUUUCAGAUGUCACAGAACCGCCUGUUUGUGACGACGUUUCAGAGUUGUUGAGUGAACCUGUGAGUGUUGUUAGUGAACCUUUGUUCAAGGAACCACUUUCAGAUGUCACAGAACCGCCUGUUUGUGACGACGACUUUUCAGAGUUGUUGAGUGAACCUGCUAGCAAACAACACAAAGCCCUCUUCAGCGACCCUCCCGAUGACAUUUUCAGUGAGAUGCUCAAUUGCAAAGACAAGCAACAGAGCUCUGUCUUCAGCGCCGCCUCAGUAGACAUGUUGUGUCUAGAAGCUGAAAACGCCCCCAUCACUGGACCCCUGAGUGAUGACACGAAACAUCCUCCAUCUGAGUGUGUGAUGAGACCAACAAGUCCAGCUGCAAACCCUGACUCGAGUUCUGACAGUCGUCCCAGAGAUGAGGAGGAGGAGCAAGAUAUAUUUGCAGAGGCCACUGUUGAAUUAUCACUGGACAGUCCGGCAAUUGCGAGAAAGAGAGUGGAACCUUCCAGGCUCUUAACACCGGCUUCUUCCACCUCUGCUUCCUCAAACAUCUCCAAACAACAGCCCAAAAUGUUGGAAGAGCUCGAGGAAGAGGACAAGUUUGAGCUGAACGUGUCGGUGACUAACCCAGAGAAAGUUGGUGAAGGUAUGAAUGCCUAUAUGGCCUACAGGGUAUCCACACAGACUACACUACCCAUGUUUAAGAGGAAGGCCUUUGAAGUGAGAAGGCGCUUCAGUGAUUUCCUCGGGAUGUACGAGAAGCUCUCUGAGAAACUCUCCCAGAAUGGUUAUAUCGUACCCCCACCGCCAGAGAAAAGCUUUCUGGGGAUGACAAAAAUGAAAGUAGGGAAGGAAGACCCCUCAUCUGUGGAGUUUGUUGAGAAGAGGAGAGCCGCUCUGGAGAGGUUUCUCCAAAAGGUUUUGUGUCACCCUACAUUGUUGCAGGACCCAGACGUAAGAGAAUUUCUGGAAAGAGAGGAGUUGCCCAGGGCAGUGAACACCCAGACAUUCAGCGGCGCGGGCUUCCUGAAGAUCAUCAACAGGGCCACCGAGGCUGUCAGCAAAAUGACCAUAAAGAUGAACGAGUCCGAUGUAUGGUUUGAGGAGAAACUUCAGGAGGUGGAGGGGGAGGACCAGCAGCUAAGAAAACUUCAUGCCAUGGUGGAUUCACUUGUCAAUCACAGAAAGGACUUGUCGGCCCAUACGGCGAUGUUUGCCAAGAGUAUCGGGAUGCUGGGCAGCUCCGAGGACAACACAGCUCUGUCCCGUGCGCUCUGUCAGCUGGCCGAGGUGGAGGACAAGAUUGAACAGUUGCACCAGGAGCAGGCUGGGAAUGAUUUCUUCAUCUUCGCAGAGUUGCUAGCUGAUUACAUCCGUCUGCUGGGAGCAGUUAGGGGGUGUUUUGACCAGCGUAUGAAGAUGUGGCAGCGUUGGCAGGAGGCUCAAAACAUGCUUCAGAAGAAACGUGAAGUUGAGGCCAAGCUGCUCUGGGCCAACAAGCCAGAGAAACUGCAGCUAGCUAAGGAUGAAAUUACAGAGUGGGAGGCAAAGGUGACGCAGUAUGAGAGAGACUUUGAAAGGAUUUCAGCAACUGUUCGAAAAGAAGUGAUUCGGUUUGAGAAGGAAAAGGCGAAGGAUUUCAAAAAACAGACGCUAAAAUACCUGCAGGUGUUAGUAAAUUCACAGCAACAGUUGAUUAAAUACUGGGAGGCAUUCUUACCAGAAGCCAAGGCCAUUGCUUAAUAAAGUACACGAGUCAAAGGAGAAGAGGCUCAAAAAGAAGGGAGAUCAACACAAACAAUCAGAAAUUGCAAAUAACUUUUAGCAUUGAAUUUAAUAAUGUAUUUUCAAUACAACUCCAACAUGAAUAUUUUAAAUGACAAAGUUGUGAGAAAGGUAAUUGUACUUUCUAGAAUUUCACUCAGCAUUCAAUUUUGCCUUAUUAAACACAACACAAACAUGAUAUUCCAAGGGCCCCUUAGGCAAGAUUCCAAUUGGACAUCACUCAUUUAUAACUGUUGUACUAACUGUGUACAAUUUAUGAAUGUCAGUACUGAAGCAUGUUUUUAACAUGCUUUAAUUGCCAAAAAAGUGGAGAUUACAUUUUGAUGAUUUGAUGAUGCCAUAAUGUCUUCAGGGUAUUGCGUUUGUCCAUUUCCUGCAAGCUGCACAAAUGCCAUUCUAAUACAUGUGUUGUAUUCCUCAUGGGCUUUUGCUCUGGUCCUAUCUCCUGUGUUUGUCCUUGUUAACACAGACCUUACCUCCCCUGACAAAGAGUGGUUCGUGGGCAACAUUACCUAGCUAUUCUAGUUUGAACUGAGAUCACUCAUGGUGCUUCCUAGCAUCGUUUUAGGUUGCAGAUCAGUCACCUGCCACUGGCACCCUUUCCUUAGGAGAGAUUUUAAAAGGGUCAUCUGACAUCAAUUCCUAAAAUUUUCAUGGGCCAUGCAAAGUGUUAAAAGAGAGAAAACGGUCAGCUGCAAAACAUGCAUUACAAUAUUUCUUAACUAGGAAUAGCAAUUUUUGUUGUAAAUGACAUUAUGAUGUGGUGUUAAACAAUACAAAAUACAAUUUUAGUUUUUCCCAUUUGGCUCCAACUUCUAGGUGUGCCAAGCAUUGGCCUGCGGAUGUAGAAACACUUGAAACCAGAGGGAAGGAACUGGGGAGACAGCCAUGGACCUCUUGUCCAAAGUAUAGACCGCAGAGAGACACAGCCUGUAGCAGAGCUGCCAUGACACUGUCUCAAUACUAUUACUUGCCAAGGUAUAACAUUCACAAUAGUUUACUUUAAUGUUGUUGCUAGGGGAUUGCAUUGAUCAAUAUAUGGAAAUUUGUGCAAUUUUUGUUUGAAAACACAUCGUCAAGGGAAAAUAAUAUGUAAAUACUAAUAUAUCAACUUCAAAUCCAAUGCCACCUACUCAGUGGUCCCAGUGGGCUGCCCGAUGACUUGGGCUCAGUGACCCAGAUGACAUAUUUCAGUUCAAGCUGCCUUCACUUGACUGAUGACAUUUUUUUAUCGCCUCUCAGCAGUCUUACUAUACGAGACCUCAUUGCUCUUCUAGUUCAACUCAUAUGGAAACGUAUUUUAAUCAUUUGAGCAAAGUCUAAUACCGUGCACCCUUAUGGACAUCUUAUAUGUUGUGUUUAUUUAGCCGUAUGCUGAAAAACUAUUCGAUGUUUCUUGGUGAUGGUUUUUUUUUUUUUAAGGUUUUCUGAUGCUGUAAGCUCUUGGAACUAACACUGAGAAUAAAAAAAAUGAGGGUGUUUACAACCAGUCGAAUUUCA